AUGGAAGUGUUGGUUGUUCGACUUGUGUUGUUCCUUCUUUAUAUUACGGUGUUUGUUGUUGCUGUCACGGGAAACUUUCUGGUAGUCUAUGUAGUAAUGACGAAUAAGAAAAUGCAAACUGUGACCAAUAUUUUCAUCACAAAUCUCGCAGUUUCGGAUAUAAUGGUGAAUUUCACAUCUCUUUGGCUAACCCCAAUGUACACGUACAUAGGACAUUGGAUAUUCGGUGGAGGCCUUUGUCACGGCUUGCCAUUGUUCCAAGGAACUAGCAUUUUCAUUAGCACAAUGACAUUGACCGCCAUCGCCAUUGAUAGGUACAUUGUAAUUGUACAUAACUCGUCGAAUGUCAACAUCAAUGAUAGAAUGUCUAUGAGGACAUGUAUUAUUAUUAUUGUAAUGAUUUGGUCGACAUCAUUGUGCCUUGUGAUGCCUUAUGCGGUGAAUAUGAAGCUUAACUUCAUCGGGGAGCCCUGCAAUUUCAUGAUAUGCAGUGAGGAUUGGAGCAGUGAAAGCUUUCGAACAGUCUUCGGAGUUUUCGUCAUGAGCUUGCAGUUCAUCGUCCCCUUCAUCCUUAUUGGAAUCUCUUACACCUGCAUUUGGGUGUUCCUCAGCAGUCGCAGAUUUGUACGUGAACGGAAAAAUGAGACCAAUCGAAAGAAGCGUCUGCUACGAAUGUUGAUUAUCAUGGUUGUCAUAUUCGCAGUGUGCUGGUUUCCCUUCAAUCUUCUCAAUAUUCUUCGCGAUAUCAAAUGGGAUGCCUUUCUUAAGCCAUAUUUUAGCUUUGUAUUUCUUCUUGUUCACCUUAUCAGUAUGACUGCAACUUGCUGGAAUCCUAUCUUGUAUGCAUGGAUGAAUGAAUCUUUCAGAGAGGAAUUUGCAAAGGCAGUUCCAUUCCUCUUCGGCCGCGAAAACAAAAACAAUGGGCGAGUCCUUGUGUUGGCCGACAAAAAAACUACGACACCGCGUAAUGAAUCAAACUGCACCAGUAAUCAAGACCAGCAAAGUGACGUCGGCGAGUCAGGAUUCGUCUCGUGGAUUCGCCGCCGAAUUCUUCAUCGGCAGCCAAAAGCGACAACGCCAAAAGUUCACAAAAACAGUGUAAUUGUGCUCAACUCCGAUGAGAACAAUGAUGUUGAUGACACGUUUCUGCUGUAA